UUCAAUUGCUUUAACAUCUAGAUAUGACUAAAUAAAGCUAUGGCAUUUCGGGCUGUUUAUGUUAUCGAAGUCAAAAUUGUGGAUAAAAAGCUUUCGUCUAACGUGCUAUUUAAAAGAUCAUUUCCUGUAAUAGAGAAGAAAUGUCGCAAAUACUUUGGAGAUGAAAAGUACAAUGGUAUUCCAAUUAAUUUUGCGGAAUUAAUUGUCAAAGAACUUGACCUCUACAGAGAGGACAAUGAGUUUCGGGUUGAAUUCGAUGCAUGCUCUCUACAAAAGAUAUCACCCAUCUAUAAUUUACUGGAUGGUGCCUUAUUUCCUGUUAUCGCCUUCAAAAGGGGUGGUCUUGUUUAUUCUUGUGUUGUAUUUGAAGCAACAGAAAACUCGCUGGAAAAUUAUGUCAUAGACAGCCCAGGUAUUGUUCUUGCAUAUGAAAUGUUGGAAAACAUGGCAGCAUUGGUGGGGCCAUACAAGACUGGCACUAAUUUGAAAGAUAAGAUUCCUUUGUUGAAUAAAUAUGUGAGCAUAGGCUUUCCAUUUGGUUUACCAUCAGAACUUGAUGUGAACACAGUACUUGCAAUUAGUGCUACUGCAGAUGGAGCUGCUUUACCUAAACUAAAGGCACCUUCUUGGAGACCUAUUGCUUUUAAAGGCAAGCAAACUCUUCAAUUGGAGAUUAUUGAAGACAUCAGAGCGUUGCAGUUUGAUAACUCUGAUAUAGCAGACAUAUUUGAAGUAUAUGGCACAAUAGUUUGUAAGGUGGAUGUGGAAGAAUCUCCUGAAGUGAGCAUUUCUCUGCUGGCACCUCUCGACUGUAGUAUUUUUAAUCAAAUGGUUUACCACCCAUCAGUACAAUUGAUUGACGAGUUGACAAUCACAACGGUGAAGGGUGAUCAGCGUAGAAAUGAGAACGAAUAUGAGUAUAGAAAGUUGAGAUUCUGCCCUCCAUAUGAUGCGUUCAAGUUGUGCUAUUAUAAAGUAGACGUUGCAGGAGAGUCUAAUUUUCCUGUAAAAGCAUUCUAUCAAAUGAAGGCUGACUCACGAAAUGCAAGUAUUAUGAUUCAGCUGCAGCUAUCAGAAAACAUGAAAAGUGGUUUCGAAUAUUUCGAAAUAAACAUUCCAUUUUUUAACAGGGGACCCAUAUUGAAUGUAAAAGCUGUGAGUUCUUCAAUGAAUUUGGUCAUCUCGAGUGAUAAAUCUUCAGUAAAAUGGAUUAUUGGUUCGAAGUUUCCCGGCAAAACUCGCGACAUAUCAUUGGAAGCAACAGUAACAUUCGAUCACUUAUCUGAAAACGUUCGCUAUGAUGAACUUCUUGUUGGAUUGAAUGCGUACAUUGAACUUGUUUGGAAGACAAAUGACUUCACUUUCAGCGGAAUUAAAUUCGAUUCGAAAUCUGUAGAACUUUAUCCUAAUAGCAAGAUCAAGGUUUCAUCGGCUUCACAGUUCAAGAGCGUUGAAUACAAAGUAUGGAAUUCACACGGGGAAGUUACCGACACAACAUUCUCGCCUUAGCCACACUGUUAACACUGGAUUCCAUAAAAGUGAUCGAUUAAAACUUGAGAAAAUUAGAACUAUGGCAACAGGUAGCAGCCCGCCUGUGAUAAUCUACACUUUAAAAGUUCAAUAAGCUGGCACGCCACACAGUCCUUUGUGUUUGGAUGUUGUAGUGUUGAAACAGUAUCAUGACAGUUGGAAACAGAUGUCUUACUGUGUACCUUAAACAAACCAGGAAAUAUGCAGCAUUCAGCAUUCAACGUCUAGCUGUUUUGUGUCGUAGCGUACUGAAAGUACCGUUAGACUUUGGAUGUAUCUUCGUUACAGUGCUGUGAUCUUUAUAUAGAGAUGAGAAUUUUCGAGCUGUACGUACUAUUUUUGUAAUAUAAACUGAUUUUUAUAACAAGAAUUAUAUAGCAUUUCCUUUUUAAAAGCAAAAGGGGUGUCAUCGAAAAUUCUAAAUUUUACGUCGGCUGUUUUAAAGCUAACGAAUGUCAUUCUGUUAAAAAUUUCAUAAAAAUAACAAAUUCUUCCCGAAAUUAACGUCUGCUUUGCAUGUCCGUCUUUAAAGGUAAAUAAGCGCAUCCUAUUUGUGGAAUAGUAUUUUAUUCUUAUAUAUUUAUAUUGUUAGCCAAUUUCUGAGAAUGUACUAUAAUAAUAUAUGUUGCACUGAUACUAUACUUGAAACGAAACUUUGUACUUUUUAAGUGCAAUAUCAGGGCAUUGUAACGAGUCGAUGGAGCACAAUGAAAACGUGCACUUUUUUAGGAUUUUAGGAGCGCUUGUACACCUAAGAAAGUUUGAAGCUGGAA